AUGUUCUGCCUCCGAAGUUGGAUACCAGUUCUCUUCUUUCUGCUAAGGACCAAUGCCUCACCCGUCUACCUCGUCCUCUUCAUCUCGGCGACCUACUUCCUCAACCGACCCUGCGUCUAUUGCUCGCUCCUCCUCUUCAUACUUGUCGUAGCUCUCUUCGACUUCCACACCCCAUGGUUCGAGGCUCCGCUCUCUUCUGAAACCACAGAGCUCGCUCUGAAUGGCACAACGCCCUUCCGAGACACUAUAUUCGAGACCGCCGGAGUCUUUGCGCAGGCGGCGAACAACACGGCACAGGCGCUGAUCAAGACUGCCAUAGACGGGAUACGCGAUAAGAGCACUGGAGUGUCUGGACUAAAUGGAGGGGUGAACUAUGAGUGGGUAAAGGGCCUCGUGGGCAAAAAAGAAUGGCGAAUUCCCUGCUUGGAUGUCUUGAUCCGGAUUUAAUUGUGUCGAGACUGGCCAGCAUGGGAGCAGAGAAACAUGAUGUAUAAUUGGCAUUCUGCUUCACGACUGUACGUCUGGACUGAGCUUCUUUCAGUUUUUGGGGUCUAGAGACAACUAGCUCGGCA